ACUGAAGAGUUUCCCGUUUUCCCUCGGACGAGGAUGCGCGCGCGCGCGGCGCGAAAGUUCCAUCUGGUUCCGUCAGUCGGCCCCCUUCUUCUCCCAUUUUCGCUUGUCGCGUUCUCGUCUACCUUCCUCUCCCUCCAGAGAGUUGUUGAAUAUCCUUUUCCAAUAGACAUACGAUUAUUAUAGCUACAUUUGUGGAUUUAAAGAUGUUAUUCCUCUUUUUAGGAAGCAAUGAUAUUUAUUACGCAAGGGGAUAUUUUUAAGUCAACUGAACUUCAAUGUGGAAAAUAAAAAUAAAUAGGAAGUGUAAUUGCUGCAACUUUCGAAGACGAACCUUGGAAAAGAUUUUUUUCUCCUCGAAGAUGAUGUGAUUUAUCCGUCUGGCAUCAAGAAAACAUCAUUUAACCCCACUUUUGCUUACUGUCAUAAUGAGUUAUUUACUUUGUGGAUAAAAUAAUUCAUCAGAGAAUAUAUUCCAUUACGCUUUGAUAUAAAUUAUAUAUACUUCAAAAUAAUCAAUAUUGUAUCUCGAAUGAGUCAUGAGAAUUAUAACUUUUUUAUAAGAUUACUUCAAUAUAUGACUUUAACAUAACCUCGACAUCUGUCAAAGUUCUCAAGAGAAUUAGGUUAGUCGAACUGUCAAACUUAAAGGAGAAUAACAAAGUUAUUCGCAUACACUUAUAUAUUUUGAGAAUAUAACAAAUAAUUAAUUUAAUUUUGAUAAGACAAAUCAAGAAAAAAUGCGACGAAAGACAGGAGUGGGUGCGAUACAGAAGCAAAAGUUGGAGCAGGAGAAAUAUCGGGACAAAGGCACAGAAAUUCAGGAGAACCAGUUCGAGCAGAUGACGAAGCAUAUGGAGACGUUCCGCGUGAAUCUAGAGGAGUUCGCGUCGAAACACAAGAACGAGAUCAAGAAGAACGCGCAUUUUCGUCGUCAAUUCACAGAGAUGUGCGCCUCGAUAGGCGUUGACCCACUGGCAUCUGGCAAAGGAUUCUGGUCGGUGUUGGGUAUCGGUGACUUUUAUUACGAACUCGCUGUCCAGAUCGUAGAGGUAUGCAUGGCGACAAAUUACAAGAAUGGUGGCUUGAUAUCGCUGGAUGAGUUGAGAACACGCUUGAUUCAAGCCAGAGGACGCAGAAAAGAACAUCAGGAAAUCACCAAUGAAGAUCUGUUAGCCGCUGCAAAGAAGUUGAGGAUAUUUGGAAAUGGCUUCUCCGUAGUUCCCAUUGGUAGAGGAAAACACUUAGUACAGUCAGUACCUGGUGAACUCAGCAUGGAUCACACUGCAGUAUUACGCCAGGCUAGUUUAUCUGCAAAUGCUUAUGUUUCCAAGACAAUUUUGUGCAAGGAAUUAAGAUGGGAAGAAGGCAGAGCGCAAAAGGCUUUGGAUCAUAUGAUGAAGGAAGGACUGGCUUGGUUGGAUCAGCAAAGCGAAGAUGAGAUGUUAUAUUGGUUUCCCAGUUUAUUCACAGCUUGCAUUGUUUCCAAAGAAUAAAUGCUAUAUCAACAUAUUGUUAUUAAAUAAGUAGGAAAUGUUUAAAAAAAAUUAAUGUUGCUU